GUACACUGCACAACGCAUCGAAACCCCGCUUGGAACCCGCUUUGGUCAAGUUGAAGAGACGUGAGCUAGGACGGUCAGUUUGCAGCCUUUUGCAAGGACUGCAGAAACUUGAAACUUGGAAGUUGGAUUGUCCAUGCAAGUUCAAAGAAAUUGGCGCCUCAAUCCAGAACUUGAAGGCUCCAAAUUCCAAUUGGGCACAAAGGAGGCGUCUGAAGGGAGGGCUGUCGUUCGUGACUUUGGUGUAAACUUCCGUGGAAGGCAUUGCGAUCAGGGUUUGUUCCAGUUGAUAAGAGGAACCUCUGACUACAGAAGGAACAAGACUACUAAAGUUUGAGAAGUCUGAUGGGGAAGAAGCGAGACAGCCUGGCAUUAUCUGGGGGCGAAGGGGGUGUGGGCAAGGAGGAUGUGGGGGCGGAGCAGAGGCGGCAGGAUGUGAUGACCAAUGACAUAGGCGAAGCCGCAAGGGAACACAAGAAGAAGAAGAAAAAGAGAGAGCGGACAGAGGAACACGGUCUAGCCACAGGCCCCAUUGAAAACGGGGCAACGCCUCCCAGUCAAAAAGGUCUGCCAGAAAAACACAAAGAUAAAAAGGAUAGAAAAGAACCUGAAAUGGCGAUUCAGGGGGGAGCAGAGGGUCGCAGUUUUGCCCUUGAUGAGACCCAGCAAACGGGGGUAGAAAUGACAGCGGAGAAAGGGGUCAAAGAAGGGGGGGGCAAGAUCAAAAAGACAGAGAAACGGAGAGACAAAAAGGAAGGGGAGGGAAAGGCAGGAGACAAGCGGGAGGACAAGGGGAAGGACGGAGGAAGGGGAAGAGCGGCGCUGGGGGGUGCGGAGGACCGCAGGCUGGCCAUUGACCAGUCACAACAGAAGGGAAGCGAUAAAGCGGCGGAGAAAGGGGUCGAACAGGAGGGAGGGCCGGAAGGGGAAGGACGGCCUGAGAAGAAGCGGAAGAAGAAAAAGGAUGGGGGGGGCAAGCUAGAAAACAAGGGGGAGAACGAGGUAACGGAAGGGCAGAAGAGAAAGGAAGAAGCGGAGCAGCCACCAAAAGCUCCUGCUGCGGCAGAAGCCGGAGGCGGCGGGCCCGCGCAAGCAGAUGACGUGAGCGCUGAUGUCAGCAAGCGAGAGCCGGAGUCAGGGGCUGAGGUCGAGUCUGGUAAAGUCGAGGGAGCAGAGGAGAAGCCCGUCAAACGGCGGGCGAAGAAAGCGGGUGCCAAGAAGGAGGGCGAGGGAAAGGCCAAGGCGAAGAAAGUGGCAGAUGGGGCAGCGGAGAAAGGGAGGGACGAGGCCCCGUUUGACUUUUGGGGCAAGUACUUUGAAGGGCGGUGGCAGGGCUUCUGGCGACCAACUACAGGGCCUGGGGGAUCCCCCGCAGCUUAUUCCACCGGUGGAGUGAAACGGAAGGGGGGGGAGGAAGCGAGACACGGAAACGAGGGAGGGGAAAACGGGCGGCAAGGCGCUGAGAAUGGAGAGAAGGAAAGCAAACGGCAGAAGAAAGAAGCGGACAAGGCGAUGGAAAAGCGGCUCAACGGGGGUUAUGCUGAGCCUGGGGAUAAGAAAGCCGAUGUAGAGACGGAAGGAGGGGGCGAACGUACGAGCAAGUUCCUGAUUCGAGGGCCGCUUCCGUGCCACGUGGAGGGCUGCCGUCACCCAGCCCGAUACGGCAAGCAGGAGGGCAAGGCAAAGCUGGUUCCUGAGUCGUGUUCGGUGCACAAGGCUCCGGGCAUGUGGGAGAUGAAGACCGCUGUGUGCGAAGUCGCGGGAUGUGCCAAGGUGGCGCGGUACAAGUACGCGGAUCAGAAGGGGAAGAGCCGGUGCGCAGGGCACAAGGAGGAAGGGAUGGUCAACUAGGAACUCUUGUUACUCUUGACUCUAGUUGUUUGUAAGUCUCUGGCGACUUUGAGAGGAUGUUACAUAGCUCUUGUGUACACAGACCGUCGAUCUGAUGACCGUUGAAAACAGCACCUUGAGUAGGCUACUUGACUGCUAUUACUGUAGAUGUUCCGAGUCAUGGUUCGAGGAUACGGUAGGCUGGCAAUGCAAGUCACGGGCCAGAUCUGAACCAGAUGGCCCCAGGCGACGAUCAGCAGGGAACUUUUCUGCUAAGUGGAAUCUGGGUGUGAGGCUAGUCUUCUUUCUUCUGACCCUUACAUCUUCCUGUAUGGAUCCGCCAUCGAGUACCCAGUAGCGUAAUUAAUGUACUUAAGCCCUCCCUCUUGUCAGACAACAAAAAGUCUCCGACCACAUGGCAUGA